AUGAAUGAGUUCCCAAGAAUAGAUUUCAAGCGAUCUGCAACAGCGCCAACAAAGAAAAUAAACAUCGAACCAGACAUUCAAGUUUUUCAAAAAUCUGUAGCUUUUGAGCGUAUAAGCAUUGGUUUAUUCAAACUCUGUCAAUUGUGUUCCGGAAAACAAGUUCCUCCUGGGGUGUUAGAAUACCACUUAGUUAAUUAUCAAGAUGACCAGACACAUGAGAAUCAAUUUCAGAAUGCAUUGUAUACAACCGACCAGAUAGUUGAGAAGUACGUCGCUAACAAAUUGGUGAUUGCUUUCUUGAAGAUACUUGAAGAGAUCAGGAGUAAGAUCGAACUACAUCCUCCCGUGGAAAAUCAUUCCAGAUAUGGUAAUCUUGUGUUUAGAGAAUGGUUUGAUGAUCUGGUGAACGACGCGGAAAGACUACUUGACAUACAUUUAACGAACAUAGUGGCAAUCGGCAAUUUUGAUAGCUACAAAACUGAAGCGGUCUACUAUCUGAUAAAUGCAUUCGGUUCUAGGGCACGAAUAGAUUACGGAACAGGCCAUGAGCUGUCUUUUCUUGCUCUUUUCAUUUCAUCUGUGAUGUGUCUUUCUGGGCCUAUAGAUCUCAACGGAACAGAGAUUCUUAUACUAUUUGCAAAAUACUUGGAUCUCAUAAGAACAUUGAUCUUAACAUACAAACUAGAGCCAGCAGGUUCUCAUGGGGUUUGGGGUCUGGAUGACCAUUUCCACCUUCCUUACAUUUUAGGAUCUUCCCAAUUCGUUGAUACGUUACAAAAUAAACAACUGACCACAAUAAAGCCAUCCAGUAUUUUAAACAACUCCACUGUAAAAAGAUGCUGUCUGAACAAUAUGUUUUUUAACUCUAUUUCAUUUAUUAAAAAGAUAAAGAAGGGACCUUUCAACGAACACUCGCCGUUACUUUACGAUAUUUCUAACGUGAAAACUUGGUUAAAAAUCAAUCAGGGUAUGAUCAAGAUGUAUUUCGGCGAAGUCCUAGGAAAGCAUCCAGUGGUGCAGCAUUUUUGGUUUGGAACCAUCUUGUUUCCCUGGACGGAUAAAGACGGAAACCCUCUUCCCACAAGCAUAGUUACUGAAUAA